AUGGUUUUAGAGGCUUCAAAGUUUGCAAAGAUUGCCUCUCUUCCAGUCGUUAUUGUUUCAGCAGCUAUCCUAACAAUUCUAAACAAGUUUAUGUUUGGACAAUACGGCAAAGGUGAUACAAUUUAUCCGAUUCAUCAAUUUUCUAAGCCCUGGUUCCAAACCAUUAUUGGACUUGGUGGCAUGGCUUUAGUAAUGAUCUGGUACGAUAUAUUAAGGUGUGUUAAACACAUUAAAAUUGAAGAAGAAGCGGUUGACACAAAUUAUGUUAAAGAUUCACCCGAAGAGAAGCAAAACAGAUGGAAAUUUUACGUUAAAUGUGCUAUACCAGGCAUGGCACGCGUUAUGGCACUCGGUUUAGCCAAUAUAAGUUUAUUAUUUUUAGAUGCAUCAACAUUCCAAGCUUUACAAUGUGGUAUUCUUCUAUUUUCCAUCCUUAUCAAGGCGAUUUUCAAGAGAAAGAAGAUAGUUCUCCAUCACCUUGUCUCAAUUUUCUUCGUAAUUGUUGCAGCUUGUUUCCUUUACGCAGCAUCUCUUAUCGAAUCGCACAGCUCCAAAGAAACAAUUACAGCUUUAAUACUCGUUUGCCUUACUUUGGUGAUGAAAGCCGCAGUUUUCGUUCUUGAAUCAUCAAUCUUCAGAAAGAUUCGUACAAAAGCGGCUUUGAUCGUCGGACUUGAAGGUUUCUGGGGUUUCUUCUUCGUUUUUGCCGUAAUUAUCCCAAUAUUACAUUCUUCAACGGUAGAUCCCGAAGGAAAUGGCAUUCACGAGAACCUAUGGGAUACUCUAGUCAUGCUCAAGAAUAAUGGCUUAUGGUUGAUCCCAGAAUUUUUCGUAUUAGGAUUUUCAGUGUUAAAUGUCAUUGGAAGCCAAUAUGUUACAUCCCAAAAUAAUCCAGAGAGACUUCCUAUGCUUGAAGGCACUGCUGCUAUCAUUGUUUGGCUUGUAGAAAUUAUUUUGCAUUAUUCAUUGCGAAAAACACAAUACGGCAUGAGCCAUCCACAAAUAGGCGAGCCACUGAAGGGAUAUUCUAUACUCAGAUUCAUUGGUUUUGGACUAAUGGCCAUCGGAGUCAUUGUUUAUGGAAAACUUUUCCAUUUCAGCUGGCUGUACGCUCAAAUUCUCAGUACAACAAGCAGAUUCAGAUCAGGAAAUACUUUUGUACCUCUUUCAUCUCAGAAAGAACAAUCACCUGAACAACAACAAGAAUAUACAAAAUAA